AUGUGUGUCACAAUCUACGUCGUCCGUAUCUGCGCCGAGUGCGGCAAGGAGAUCAGCCGUCUCAAGCAAAAUAUCGUCAGCUGCAAAAAUGCAUCACAAUCUGAUCCAAAGUGCCCAGAAAAGAAGGUAGAGGAUCGAAUCUUCAAGAAGCUCUGCGCUUACUGCCACCCUGCCUGCAGUUGCUUUUCAGAUGAGUCCUUGAACAAGAUCCUUGGCUCGGACUGGGACUUUUCCGCCGCUCACGAAUUGGAGGAAGACCACCCUGUUGGCGAUUGCGGUGCCACAACUGACGAUCUCGAUAUUGAAUGUUACUGUGUGAAAAAAAUGCGGCUGUUGGCUAUUGAAGAGCGGAAGGUCCACCCUAAGCAGGCUAAGCUUACCAAGAAGUAG